CUAUGCUAGAAACUUCACAUAAAAAUGUGCCUGAAAAUUCGCCUCAGCUUUCUCCAUCUUGCCUUCUUCCUCUUUUUCUUGUUUGCCGGAGUUUUCUCUGCCGGUGCUGCUACUGCCUUUGGAGGCCGGAAAACAGAGACGUCUGCUGCCAUGAAUCCUAGCGGGUCAAGCGGAAAAUCUACUGGAGCAAGUGGUUCGGGUCAUGGGCCUAACUGGGACUACAACUGGGGAUGGGGUUCCAGCCCAGGAAGUGGAUGGGGUUCUGGUGGUGGGUCAGGGCGGUCACCUGGUGGAUUUGGGCGGGGUUUUGGAUACGGGUAUGGUUCUGGAACCGGGUCAGGAUCCGGGUAUGGAUAUGGGUCUGGAAGUGGUGGAGCUCAUGGUGGUGGUUAUGGGUCUGGAAGUGGGGCAGGAAGUUCUGGUGGUGGCGGCGGCAGUGGUGGAGGGCACGGCGGAGCGGGUGGUUCCUGGAGCCACUCUCCAAACCAGCAUGGUUGAUCAACUGGUCUUGUUAUAUGCGUGCAUGCUUUUUAGGAUUUUGGAAGUAUGGCUAGCUAUGAAAUUGUCGAGCUGCAGAUGGUGUGUAAGAUUAUGUUGUGCGAUUUUGCUACAUAUAAAUUGUAGUAGUAUAAACAUGUUUGCAGUAUGCACAACAUAUAUGGUUCUUAUUUUCUAACUAGCACUAUUUUUAUUUUGAGAUAUUUAAUCUGCAAUAAUGCCAUAUUGCCAUC